CAAUCAGACAGACCCGAGCAUGGGACCCAAACCUGGGGGUCCGCCAGGUGCAGGACCCGGUCCCGGAGCACCAACGCAGCCUCAGGGGCCGGGUCAGGCUGCACGGAAGAACCUCCAGGUGGAUGUGGGGAGCAGCAAAGGUGGACAUCCCGUCUCUCCUGGAAGCAGCGCUCCCACCUCGCCCUAUUCUUUACCCCAGAUCGCACCCAUGCCCAGCAGAAAGCUCUGUCCGGUGUGCAAGACCGCAGAUCUGACGGGCACCACAGACGGCCAGCCAAACUGCAGUACAUGCACACAAUGCCGCUCCAUGGUGUGCAACCAAUGCGGAUUCAACCCCAACCCUCACCUCACUGAGGUGCAAGAGUGGUUGUGUCUGAACUGUCAAAUGCAGAGGGCAUUGGGGAUGGAUAUGGAGACGCCACGGUCGAAAAGCCAACAGCAGAUCCACUCACCAUCCCAGCCUAGCAAACCUCCACCUCAGACAGUAUCCCAACCCACACAGCCCCCACAGACCCAGCCCCAGCCCCAAACCCAACCCCAACCCCAAACACAUCCCCAACCUCAAACCCAUUCCCAACCUCAAACUAAGACCCAGCCUCCCCCAGAAGCAAAGAAGCAGACUGUUCCUCAAGCUGUCCCUCAAAGCAAACCCCCUGCUCCAGGUGCCAUUCCUCUUCCAGGCAUGGCCAAAGCCCCAUCCCAGCCUGAUCUGUCCCGCUCAGGCCCUGGAUUCCAGUCUCAGGGCCAGCGACAAGACCAGACCCGCAGCGCCGGAAGUUCCCCAUCCCGUCAACCUCCUCCACCAGAACAGCCCUUCGGAAAACUCUUUGGUUUCGGUGCUUCACUCUUGAACCAGGCCACCAAUUUGAUGUCUGUGGAUCCGAUGCAAACUGCACCACCGGCCCAACAACCUUCCUCCCCCAAGCCCCCGCAGAAGCAGCCAGGACCUCCUGGGCCUAGUCCAGGUCCAGCAGCGGGUACUAGACCCACAGCCCAGCUAGGUCCACAACGGCAGGAAGUUCCUUCAAAGCCCAAAGUUUUCUGUCCACUGUGUAAGACUGAGCUAAACACUGGAGACCCAGCCAAGACCCCGAACUACAACCUCUGCACCCAGUGCCACACCCAAGUCUGCAACAUGUGCGGCUUCAACCCCACACCUCACCUGACUGAGAAGAAAGAAUGGCUGUGUUUGACAUGCCAAACCCAGAGAGCAAUGUCAGGGAGCUUAGGGGAUAUUUCUCCUCCUGUGCCAUCAUCCAUUGGAUCUCCCCGACUACCAGGCCCAGCCAAUCAACAACAACAGCGAGGGUCCAGUCAGCAAGCUGCACUGAGACCUGCAGGCCCUCAGCAGCAAAAGCCACCUGGUGCCCAAGAUUCCAACAAGUCUAGCACACAGAGCCUGAGUGAUACAGGCUACUCCUCAGAUGGUAUAUCCAGCUCCCAGAGUGAGAUUACUGGCUUGAUCCAAGAGGACUCUAUGAAGCUUAGUGAGAGAGGGAUCUCUGAACAACGAAGCCCCCCAAGUCCAUCUGAACUAACAAAACUGGAAAGUUCUAUGCGACCUCUGUUGGAGUCACAUACAGCCACUGACCAAGGACAGCAUCGUGAUGGAAGAGACACCACAGAACAGCAAAGACCUCAAUCUCUGUCUAUAACACAAGAUCAGGAAUAUGAGUCUGAUGAGGAAGCAUCAGAUGAUCUCAGUUGUAAAUUAAGACAUGACUAUGUGGAAGACAGUAGCGAAAGUGGCCUUUCUCCAUUACCACCUCGACAGAAGAAGUCACAGAAAGACCUGACCGAUGAAGAGUUCAUGAGGAGACAAAUUCUGGAAAUGAGUGCAGAUGAGGAAGAUACAGAAGAUGUUGAGGGCCACAUAAAGACAAAAAGAAGCCAUAAACACAGUGGAGAUCUAGGAAAAGAGAGACGUCGCCUGACACAGCAAUCUAGCAGUUUUGAAGAAGACACUAAAAGCACUGAUAGCUAUAAAUCAGGCGAAGCGGAUGACAUGAUGGCCUCACAAGGUGGUCUGAGACGAUUUAAAACUAUUGAGCUAAAUAAUACAAACAGCUACAAUCGUGACAUGGAACUCAGCACAGAUCAUGACCUCAGGGAGCCUGAGCUUGAGAUGGAAAGCCUUACUGGGUCACCUGAAGAAAGGUCAAGGGGAGAAUACUCAUCAACUCUCCCUGCAACCACACCGAGUUAUACCUCUGGAACUUCUCCAACCUCUGUGUCAUCAAUGGAAGAUGACAGUGAUAGCAGUCCUAGCAGACGACAAAGGCUUGAGGAAGCAAAGCAGCAAAGAAAAGCAAGGCAUCGAUCCCAUGGUCCACUACUGCCCACCAUUGAGGACUCAUCAGAAGAAGAUGAAUUGCGAGAAGAAGAGGAACUUCUGAGAGAGCAGGAGAAGAUGAGAGACUUAGAGCAGCAAAGGAUUCGUAGUACAGCCAGAAAAACUAAAAGGGAUAAAGAGGAACUGAGGGCACAAAGGCGCAGAGAGAGGUCAAAGACACCUCCUAGUAACCUUUCACCUAUUGAAGAUGCAUCCCCAACAGAGGAGCUCAGACAAGCUGCUGAAAUGGAAGAACUCCAUAGAUCAUCCUGCUCAGAAUACUCUCCCUCGAUGGAUUCAGAGGCUGAAGGAUUUGAGAUGGGUUCAAAGCUGUACAAGUCUGGCAGUGAAUAUAAUCUGCCUACAUUUAUGUCUUUGUACUCUCCAACAGAGAAAACCUCUGCUGUCUCUCCCUCUGCAGCAGAUAAAUCAUUAAAAAGUGCUGAAGAGGUUUAUGAGGAAAUAAUGCGAAAAGCAGAGAUGAUGCAAAAGCAGCAGCAACGGGCACCAGGAAGACAAGGACAACAAAACCAGGAAAGAGUCCUUCAAACAGACAAGAAACACCAUUUAGAUUCUGGAACAACUUCUUUGAGUCCAGGUACAAGUCCUACCCAGAUCUCAGCUCCAGUUUCAUUAUCUGGAAAUGAUCCUUCAGGACGAGGGACACAAAGAGUGCAUGCUACACAACAGAGUCAAGUUAGAAUGAGCAACCAAUCCCCUAAAGGAAGCCAUGUUACUGGUUCCCCACAAUCUCAAGUUAGGCAUCCUCCUCCUACACAGCCUCAAGGAAGACCUGGUGUUCAGGGGAAAGUACAGGGUCAAGUUCCUGAUCCUGGAGCGUCCUCCUUAACAUCAAAGAUGUUCUCAUACUUUAAAGGCUCAAGUCCUUCAACAUCCCCUUCCACUUCCCCCACACAAAGUCCAACACGUACCCCUGCACCUAGUACAACCUCUACAGUGGCACAUACUCAAACCUCUCAGGUCCCUCAUAGAGCUGGGGCACCACGUCUUUCAAGACAGCAGUCCUCCCAAGAUUCCCCUGUUAUGGUGAUUACAUUGGGAUCAGGAACUAGCAGUCAAACCAAACCAGUGACAGUGAAUUCCUCCACCUCACCUUUGUCCUCACCAACAAAAGACAGCCAACAGACAAUUUAUCAGACUCAACAUGCAGCAUCAAAGUCACCCACUUCACCACAGAAAUAUCCAGCCCACCCAUCACCUCAAAAUAGCUUGCAAAGGACACAGAUAUCAGAACGAGUGAGCACUGCCACCUCUGCUGGUUCUCAAAGUAGUGGAUCUCUUCCUGCGGGAAACAUAUCCUUGUGUAGAAUCUCAACAGUACCUGGUACCUCAAGAGUUGUAGAGCAAAGCACAAUUGCCCCAGGUAGUAAUAUAGUGGAUCUUAGAGCACCAAUGAAGCCUGCUCCAAUUAUUAUGACAGAUCAGGGUAUGGACCUAACAUCUCUAGCUUCUGAUACACGUCGAUACUCAUUUGAUGCAGAAAUACAACCAAAUCGUCAUACUGCUGUACAACCUCUUAUAAUGAAUCUAAAUGCACAGGCACAACCUCAGGUGUCAACAACUACACCAACAACUGUAAGUGUGACUGUGGCAGCAUCUAUGUUCAUAUCACAGCCAAAGCAACCAGUCGUAUAUGGAGAUCCUUUACAACAUAGAGUCGACUAUGGUCAAGGAGUUGGAUCUGCAGUCUGUCUGACCCAAACCAGGCCAAUUAUCACAGAUCCAUCCAUUCCAAAAAUUGAUGCUUGUCUGGAAAAUUUAGGCAUUCAACAGCAGCAACUUCAGAAGCAGCAACAGAAGCUACAGCAGCAACAAGAGAUCCUUGAGCAACAGCUCCAGCAGCAUCAACAAAAUGCAUCUUUUGCCCGGUACAACUUAGCUAAUCAGGUGCAACCAAUAUUGUUAAAGAAGGACUUGGUGGUAAGUCAGAACACUGGUGGAGGCACCCAAACAGCAGUUAGUUCCAUUACCAAAAUAUCUCCACUACCUCCACCACAAUUAUCAUGCUCUGCAUCUACCACCCCUACACUUGGUCAUGACAUAUAUGGUGGGGUGGCUUUGGAACUAAAGAACAAGCCUACUGUAAUGAAUCUCUCCACAGGGAAGCCCCAGGUAAUGAUGGUGCAGUUGGAUGAGAAGGGCACUCAGGGAGGUACAGUAACCCAGCUUAUUAAAAGGGAGGAGCCACCUCCACCAGUAGAUGUUCUAGAUCUCACCGGACAGAUUAAACCAGAGAAUCAGUUAGCUUGUUGUGAUGUUGUCUACAAUUUGCCAUUUGCAGGUAGUUGCUCAGGCCCAUUUGCUCAAAGAGGAAAAACAGCACCGUCAGAUCCUUCUAUUGAGCCAUCCCAAGGUCCUGGGCAGCAAAGCCAAACUGGAAAAGAUGGCUACCAAACAGUAAAUAUACAAGCAUCUGCGGAUGAACACAAAUCUUUUACCUUGCCUCCCCCAGGACGACUCCCACCAUCAAUGUCAGACAACGAUUUAGCAAGUUCAAGUCUCCAAUAUUAUCAAAAAACUGAUCCUGGGGACCUAGCAGUGGAUUUAAGCACCAUGAAGCAGGCUUAUGAAGCAGGAUAUCUAGGAAUGGGUGCCCAAUAUGGAUCUUACACAGAUCUUCGCCAUCAAGGAAGUGAUUCGGCUCCACCAUUACCUUUGCGAAGAUAUGGCUCAAUGUCCAAUAUAAAUGCUGAAUAUAGCUAUCUUUCACGUGACCUUGGUGCUUUUCAAGACUCAAAUCUUGCACAGUAUAGUGCCACUACAGCUAGAGAGAUUAGCAGAAUGUGUGCUGCUCUUAACUCCAUGGAACAGUUUGGUAGCCGUUACACCAGUAAUCCUGAUCUUCUGCAGUAUGGUGCUGGGAGAGCAGGUCCCAUAGGAAGACUUAACCUUCAACAAGGCCUAGCAUCUAUUAGAGGCAAUCUUUUGUAUGGUCCUGAUGGCAGACCCACAGUAAAUGGUCAAACACUUACAAAUUUAAUUAAUGCUAGACAAGCUAGCCUAAGGUCUUUGUAUCCCCCUGCUGUAAGGACAGCUGAUGGCAUGAUAUAUUCUACUAUCAACACCCCGAUAGCCUCCACCCUGCCAAUCACCACCCAGCCUGCCCCUGUUGUCAAUCCUAUGUUAAGUGGAGUAUAUGGAUCUUACCCUUCAGCCAAUGUAACUGCUGUACCUCUGGCUAGCCUCACCAGGUUGCCUCAAGUUACCCCAAGAAUGCCUCUUAAUACCCAAGGACCCUACAUCUAUCCACCUCCAAAUCGAUUUUCAGUAACACCACCAGAUACAUCAUCGGGAAGUGUGCCACCUUCUAGUACCUCCCAGGAAUCUCCAGUUUAUCUGGGAAAGCCUACAGCACCUUGCAAUAUGUCAACAACUGCAUCACCUAAAACUGGUCAACCUGUUUCAAAUUUGGGUAUGCAAAGCAUACAGUCAGCACAUACUAGUACAGUGCCAGUUCAAUCGGUUGGAAAUGAACAGGUUUCCUUGGCUCAUAUUUCAGCAGAAGGUACUAAAUCACAACUCCCAAUACAGCCCCAAACUCAACCACAGUCAUUGGUCAAAGGUCAGGAACAAAGCCAAACUCAAAGUCAGCCACAAACACAAUUUCAAAUAUUAACAGUGCCUCAAAAACAAACCCAGACAAUUACCAGAGUUUUUCCAGAUGCAUCUGCCAGUACCACUAUAACCACAUCUGCUAAUAUUGAGAAGGAAAAAGAAGAGGAACGAUUGCGACUACAACAGGAGCAGCUCUUGCAGCUAGAGCGAGAACGGGUUGAGUUGGAGAAAUUGCGUCAGCUACGUCUACAAGAGGAGUUGGAGAGGGACCGCAUGGAGCUCCAGAGGCACAGAGAGAAAGAACAUCAGCUCAUGCAGAGGGAGAUUCAAGAGCUACAGACAAUCAAGCAGCAGGUUCUUCAGCAGCAGCAGGCUGAGAGGGAAACCCAGCUUGUGAUACAUAGAGAGCAGCUGGCACAGCAAAGGAUGCAGCUAGACCACAUUCAGUCACUGCAACAGCAACUCCAGCAGCAGCUAGAAGAACAAAAAAGGCAGAAAACAGCGGCCAUUGAAGCAGCAGCGGCAGCAGCUGCAGCAGAGGCAGCGGCUGCUUCAGCAGCUGCUGCAGCAGCAGCUACAACAGCUCAAGGUGCCAUUCAAGGUGUAAUGGUUGGUGGAACUACACCUCAAACCAUCUCAAUUAUCUAUGAUCAGAGUGGUAGAAUUAUUCCACAAGAGGGCCAGAGUGUGCAGAUCUUGCCAUGUGCUGAUGGGCAGGUGGUCCAGGCAGUGGUGUCUACUAGGCCUUUGCCGAGCUCUUCUUCAGAGAUGUCCCUUAAAAAUAGUGAAGAUCAUGGAGAUGGUUGGCUUAUGAAGAAACAAAACUCUAUGCCUCGUUUGAGGAAUGGAUCAGAGGAUGAGUCAGUCAAGAGAAUUGCAGAUUGCAGUGUCCAAACAGAUGAUGAAGACACAGAGGAUAAACUCAUGUCACGUCGUCGUAGAACUAGACGUAUAGCUGACUGCAGCGUUCAGACAGAUGAAGAAGACCAGGGAGAUUGGGAAAGUCAGCCAAUACGCCGCAGACGUUCAAGAUAUUCAAAGCACUCUGAACAAACUGCAGAGACUAAGAGUGAUGCAUCUAAAUCUAGCAUUGCCAUUCAGACCACCAAUGACUCCUCAUGUCAGACUGACUCAGACCAGUUGGGUAGAAUUUCUCCAGCUAUUCACAUUACUAUGGCUGAAACAUCAAAGGUUGAACUCCUUCACUACAUAUCUGCUCCAGAAAGGACCCAUAAGGGAGAGAGUUUAGCCUGUCAAACUGAUCCGGAGCCACAAUCCCAAGGAGUGGUUGCUCCUCAGCUCAGUGUUCCAACUACUGUUAGCCCCUAUUCCACUAGUCUGCAAUUAGUUGGUUCCAUGCAAACCAAGUUUGAAAGGAGGAAGCCAGACCCAUUAGAUAUUGGAUACCAGCAAGCUCAGCAGCAAAAUGAAUCUCCUUCCCGUCAACCUCCCAAAUCUCCACAAGUACUGUACUCUCCAGUGUCUCCGUUGUCACCCCAUCGUAUGCUGGAGACUACCUUUGCUUCCAGUGAGAAACUUAACAAGGCACAUGUGACACCCCAACAAAAAGCCUUCACUGCAGAGUCACCACAAAGGCAUCAAACUAUUCCAAGGCCCAUAAAGAGUGUUCAGCGAUCCAUGUCAGAUCCUAAGCCUCUCAGUCCAACAUCAGAGGACCCAGCCAAGGCCAAAUUCUCCUUAUACCAAAGUCAAACCAGCUCACCGAGUCAGAUGUCUGCCUUGCAGCAGCAGAAUGCAAUGAUGAGAAAGGUGAAGAGAACUCUCCCCAGUCCCCCUCCAGAUGAGGCACCUGUACCAAUUGUAACAUCAGCAAUUCCCCAUAUAUACAGUUCUCCCGGAGCAUCCCAGAGGGUUUUGCCACGUCCUGGACAGGGUGCAACGAAGGCAGGCUUGCUGAGUGAACUGAAAGCUGUAGAGCAAGAAUCCACCAAAUUACGUAAACAACAGAUAGAGUUAGAGGAAGAGGAGAAGGAGAUUGAUGCUAAGUUGCGAUGCUUGGAACUAGGCAUCACUCAUCGCAAGGAAACCAGGGUUAAAGAGAGAGAGAGACGAGAGUUGGCAUACUUGCGAUACAUGGGGGAUGCACGUGACUACAUGUCAGACAGUGAGCUGAAUAAUUUGCGACUAGCUGGGGUAGCACCAGGCUCCUAUGAAGAAAAUGGAAUGUUGUCACGUCCAAGUACAGCACCUCUUAACCAGUUUACUUCUGAUUUGAAUGCAUCUCAGUAUCCUCCUACCUCAUCAUAUGUUCCAUAUCAAUAUCCACAGGCCCAUCCCACACCCACACAACCACCCACUGUAGCCUAUCAGCAGAUAGGGUUUCAAACAACACCAUACCCAACCUCCUCACAGCCCCAGCCUGGAACCUUCCAACCUCAUCCUCCUCAACCUUCAACCUAUCAGACCCCGGGGCCAUACCAGACUCAUAGCUAUGGUCAGCCUACUUAUGAGUCUGAUUUUGGUUUGCAGCAGCCCAGUCACCAAGGAUUCCAACAACCCACUGCACCUUUACCAGGGCAGACCCUACCUUAUCCUGCACAAAGCAUCCCCUUCCAACCCCAAGCAGACAUGCUUUCUGCGCAUCAAAGGCCAAGACAAACCUCGCUUGCUGAUCUCGAACAAAAGCUACCAACAAACUAUGAAGUUAUCAGUAAUCCUUCAGUUCCAGUAGCAACUUCAGCUCAAGAAACUGGAUUCAGUGGUGUCUAUUCCUCACCACUGAGCAAUGCUUAUGGCCAGUAUCGCCCCUCUGACCAACCUCUGACUGAACAUAUACCAAGUCCAUCAUCAGGAUAUGUAACGGAUAGUGUCUAUGCCACAAAUCUAGAACAAAAUAUUCCCAGAAAUUAUGUCAUGAUUGAUGAUAUCAAUGAACUUACAAAAGAAAAUAUGGGGUCCUCUGACAUGUCACGGGUAGGUUAUGCAAGUGAGAAUGGCCCACGUGGACCAACUUAUGGCGAUGGUUCUGAGAAUGUAUAUGGAAGAGCUUCAAAUACCUAUCAAAGUGCAGUAGACAGCCAUGUACAUUCAAGUACCACUGUAACUGGUGGUACAGGUUAUUAUUAUGAUGACUAUAAACAUUCUUCCCGUAGUAGUGGGGGAAUGGGCAGCCAGAAACACUCAUCCAAAAAUUUGGCACCUGCAGUUUCAUCAAAACGUAGCAAACAUAGGAAGCAAGGCAUGGAACACAAGAUCUCGAAGUUCUCUCCAAUUGAAGAAGCUCGAGAUGUAGAGUCUGAUCUAGCCUCCUACACCAUGACAACAUCAACAGGUGGUAGUUGCACUGUGGUGUCCAGGACUGGCGUGAAAAAGAGCUAUGAUCAACAGAAGUAUUACGGAUCAAGAGAGGCACUGGAAGAGGAUGACCGUCUUUAUGGAUCCGGACGAUCAAGGUCCACAGGUUAUGGCAUGGAUAAAAUUUCCUCCAGAGAUUCAAGUGGCUACCGAAGUAAGUCUUACGAGAGGGAUGCCAUGGAACGAUCACAGAGGGGCACCCAUGGCCGUAGUGGCCGUCCUUCUAUGCGUACGCAGAACUCAGAGGAAGAGAGCCCUCUGAGUCCUGUUGGAAAGCCCAUGGGAAUUGGUCGUGGCUCUGUGCCAGAUCCUCAUGAUGUACGAAAUCAGUAUGGCUCCAGUCAUUCCUUACCAGAUGUACAGGACCAUCAUAUAAAGGAUAUGCCUAAGAGUCAUGUAUAUAAGCCAGAAGACCCUUACCUUGCUGAUGACAUGCACUGUGCUGUUUCAGACAGUGAAGCCUAUCAUUUGGGUCAGGAGGAAACAGACUGGUUUGAAAAACCACGUGAACCACGGUCAGAUCGCUCUAGACACCAUGGGAGUGGAAGUCACUCAUCCUCUAGCAGGAGGAGCAAUGUAAAGCACACUUACCAUGAUUAUGAUGAGCCUCCUGAAGAAGACCUGUGGCCUCAAGACGAGUAUGGACAUCAACGACAUUCCUCUUCCACCUCAUCUCGGGAACACCGUCAACAUGCCAGUAGUUCAGGAAGACACCCUUCUUCUCGUCAUUCAUCAGAUGAUCCCAGGUCUUCUCGUUCUACACGAUCACAUCCAAAAGAUCCUUCCACCCGACCAGACGGCCGUGCCACCUCAUCCUCUGCACAGAAAAGAUCCCCCGAUCCACGAUCUGCCGGUCAACGAGAUUCAGGAGACUACUCCCGUGAUCCAUCAAGCCACCACCAUGGCUCAAGUGGACAACGGGGGCAGAGGCAACCAAGCUCAUCAAGGAGGCAGGAGCCCUCUUCAGGUUCCAGGCCACAGCAGGGUCUUGGAGAACAGCAGCCACAAACACAACAAGGACAGCAGCGAUCGACAGCAGGACAGCAAGUGUCUGCCAAGCAGACAGGGUCUCAACCACCUGAGACAGGGCAGCAAGGACAACAACAAUUGGGACAAACAACCCGUACACAGCAGCAGCCACCACAGCAACUUGGGCAACAGCCAUUGACCACAAUGGGAACAACUCAGCCCACAACCACAGCUGCUAGCAUGGGAACAGGUACAACUCAGCAGCAAUCUAAACCUGGUCAGGCUCCACCACAGGCAAGACAACAGCCAGGGGGACCACCCAAUGCCCAACCAGCUGCUGCUAUGGCAAAACCUGACACAGCUGCGCCUGCUCCUGCUCCUGCUCCUGCUCCUGCUCCUGCACCAACUCCUGCAGUUGCUAUUGGAUCAAAAGCUGCACCUCAGGCUGCAAAAAUACCCCAGAUUCCUGCCACAGGAAUUGGUUCAAAGGCAGCACCUCGGCCAGGGGGUAUAGGCAGUGCAGCACAGCAGCCUGCUGAAGGGGAAAAUGUUCUUUCAAAGAUCCUGCAGGGAGGAGCAGCAGAACAAGCUGGAAAAAUAGGAGAUGCUGUAUCUGCUCUCGGAAAGAAGUUCACUUCAUUUUGGUGAUCAGCUGAUAGCACGGCAUUUCUUGUUGGGGUGACUUGGAGUUAGAACUGACAAAAAACUAUGAAUAUGUGUCUGCCAUUUAAUAUCUCUAGCUGAAGGCGGGGUACACCUGAGUAAACUGAUGUAUCAUCCAACCUUGAACUCUCAAUGAAAACAUUAAGACAGAAUUCACAGGCACGGUCUAUCCAAUGAUAUCUACAAAACCAACCAAAAAUGGAGUUUAAAUCUCUUUUUUCAAAGUGUUUCCACAAUUUCACUGUUGAAGCAGUAACAAUUCUCCAAAUGCCAAACUGCCUGUUCUGUUUGAGGUUUUUCUUGACAGUUAUGUCUUUCCUUAUAAGACAUAAUCUGUGCUCAGGUGACCCUCCCACUUCCGAAAACAGCAUGAAGAUGUCAGGCAGCUGCAGUUCUUAGCUUUUUGCAGUCCGAAUGAAGACUUAUUUGCCCAGACUCGAAGAGACCGUAGCAGUGAAGGAGAACGACUACCUUACAAAGGCUUCAAACAAACUCUGUUUAAAAAAAAAUGUAUGCUCAAUUUCUAUGAUCUUGACAUUCCAAUAUGGCGAUGAUUGACCCUCUCUAUGAAUGUUUUUGUUUCUUCCUUUACCUUUUUGUCACGUGUGUAAUGAAUGCAAAUGUGUAAACCGUGGACAUGGAAUGCACGCACAAAAUAUAUAUGUAUACAUAUAUGAGAUAUAUAUGAAUCCAUAUCUAGACAUCUUUUCAGAGUCUCAAAGGGUGAAGCCAUGUGCAACUUGUGUAAAAUGCUGGCUAUUUAACGUAAAACUAUCAGUCAAGUUCAGAGGUCAGUAAUGUCAGAAUGUUAGCAUAGUCUUGUCCAUCUUUUAUCAACCAUUAAGCCAUCGCUACCCUAUCCAGAAUUCCCUAAGUUUCUAUAUUUUUUUUAUUUUAUUUUGCAUUAGCUUAUCAGUUUUGCCUAAUUUUCUUUUAAAUUAAAAGCCUUACUAAUAUUUUUUACUUGUAUACCUCACAUAUUUUUUUUUUUAAAGUUCCAUAUCAUCCUUACUUGAUUUAUUUUGCACAACUGUAUACUGCUGAACAUGUACAUAUCUCUCGCUAACACUCUGCUAAUGUAAGAUAUUGAUUUGUGUAUUUAUGGAUUUAUAUUUCUGGUAUUUACUUGUUUAAUGUUUGCUAUUAUUAUUAUUUAUACCUUUACAUAUUUUUUCUUGUCAUUAUCGAUAAUCUACACAGUUUUUAUAUAUAUAUGGUUGUUUUAAUAUGGUUGAAGCAAUAGCAUGUUAAUCCGUACAGAGCACAAUUUUUUUGCUGAAAGUGAUCUGCAAUCAUUCAAGUUCCUCAUCACAAAUCUGAUUGUCGUACAUAGACAGGUAAAAUACGUUUCUACAAACCCCAACAAACACCUUCACCCUCUCGCGCAUCCAAAUGUUCCCAAAAACACAUUUAACGGUACGUAGAUCCACCUAGGAAAAGGUUUUGAACCAAUUUCAAAAGUUCUAUGCAAUAAUCCAUAUAAAACAUUUCCCACUGCGGCAUCCCUCACUGCGUUACGAUGGGUUCAAAUACGACUAAGGACAUGUUUGUAUUUACCUUGUAUGUAUGAAAAUAUCAAAGUACUUCUUUUUAUUUUAGUGGCAUGUUUAUGAAAGCCCUCGUCUUCCCUAGUUUUCAGGGAAUCCGUUGCCAAAGGGUUAACUGUGUGGACUGGUCUUGGACAUCCACCAUCUCUGUUGCUUGCAGCAUGACUCUGCUCAGCUCUCUUUGGCUCCUUGUAGUGCUGAUAUUCUGUCUUCAUGUCUGCAGUUUGAUCAGGUGAUAAAUCGGGCACACAGCUUAUGCACUCGUUAUUUCGUCUCCUCCAACAGGAAAUGUUGUUUGACCUCCUUGUUCGGUUGUGAAUGUUAUCGUGUCCACACUGAAUUCACAUCAAGUCACAAACAGGUUUUUAGCAUUGUAUACCUGCAAUGUGUGUCAAAACAGACAGAUGGAAAAUGAAGAGUGUUAUUAAGAUAAUAGAAAUUGAGGAGAUCUUAAAGACACAUGAACAUGUAAAUUUGAUGAUGUCUUCAGAUCACUGUACAGUAUGUAGCAUGAGUUCAUCUCCAUGCCAUUUAUAUGAAAAUCAGGGCAUGCACGUUGAAAGCACAAACUGUCCAUCACCAUUUUAGAUCGGUAGGACGUCACUCGUUUGAAUGCAUCAUGAGGUGCAUUGAUUAGGCGAAUGAGGCAAAUCUUUUCCUUUUUGAUACUGGAAUGCUGUUUAGGAAAACAUGACUCUAUAAUGAAGAAUAAUCACUUCUACAUCACUGUUACCACGGGGAUAUACAAUAACAAGUGCAUGAGCCAAAGUUGCCACCACAAAAGCCGACCACAGUGAUAGAUAGAAAUACGCAAACACAGACAUAUCCACACAAAUAGGCAUGUGCACUCACACACACACACACAGAGUUAUACACUCACACAGACUAUGUGUCGCUGUAAAUACUGACUUUGGUUAUUUUGUACAGUGUUUAAAUAUCAUGAGUAAAAUGAUGGCCGUCUUGUGCAACUUCACGCCGGCCUUGCUGCCAACCUUUUGUGCUUUUGUGUAUAAAAGUAUAAUGAUGAUGAUUGUUGUUAUUAUUAUUAUGAGAAAAAAAAUAUCAUAGUAUAUGUUGCUGGAUCUCAAUGACGGUUGACUACAGUGGAAAAAAAAUGAAAAACUUACAAUGUGAAAACAUUUGGUCUUUGUAGGGAUUCUAUACCUAUUGUGUUUAUUAAAUCGAAAUACAAUAUAAAAAAUAUGUAUGUGGCUUCCAUCAUGACCGUGCCAGAAAUGAUGGCUCAGAGUGAAUUAGCAGAUGUAUUAUAAAUUUAAUCAAAUUGGAAAAAAAAACUACAUGAAAAAAGAUGAAACUUCUGAAAAAUGCUCUCACGAAUAAAAAUUCACUCACUGUUGUAAGUACAAUGGGCUAAAUGUGAGUCCAGUAUUCAUUGUGAAAUAUUGUGUUCUUUUCAAUGUAUUCCUGUUAAAAAGAUAAAUUUUGGUGCAUCAUGUCAUGUAAUGUGAUUAUGAAAAUAAUGAACCUGCAAUUUGUUUCCAGAAUGGAGAAGAAUAAAGACAAAAAAUUCAAAUUUA